UUGAAUUUGAUGUUGGCCAAGGUGUGGGAACUCCCCUAAACAUAAACAUUUAGUCUUUAUUUUAUACUGCAUAUGUAAUGCUAAAGACGCAUUUGUUGAUUAAUACAAAUUAAUGAAUAAAUAUGUGCAAAUUAGCUCUUUAUUUCUGUGUUUUGCAUGUACACAUUGUAUUAAUAAGAUUAGAGAAAACAGGUAAAACAAAUGUUCUUUUGAAACAGCAAAUGGCAGAGGACAAAGCUUGGGCUCUGAUCUCUGAGGUGGGCGGCGACGGUUACGUUGCAGAAGUUGUCGACAUCAUGAAGCAGCACUUCCACAUCAUCUGCCUCGAAGACUUUCUACGAAACCCCGCCCUGCACGGCCCCAAGAUCCAGGUGUUGUUCAUGUGGAACUACUGCCCUGCGGCCGAGCCCUCGCUGCUGAAAUCACUGCCGUCCCUGAAGGUGGUCGCCAACGGAGGAGUGGGCGUGGACCACCUGGAUGUGCCGCUCAUCAACAGCUUUGGCGUGAAGGUGGCAAACACGCCCGGCGUGGUGAGCGACGCCACUGCGGACAUCGCCAUGGCUCUUCUUCUGGCAUCGGCACGGAAGGUCGUUGAGGGUCACAUGGUAUCCGUUGACCCCAAGACCACCCACAUCCCACAGAGCCUGAUGGGAGUUGAAGUCACAGGUUCCACUCUGGGSAUCGUUGGAAUGGGAGACAUCGGUUACAAAAUCGCACAGAGAAGCAAAGGCUUCAACAUGAGGAUCCUGUAUCACAACAGAAACAGAAGGAGUGUUGAAGAAGAGCAGGCGGUGGGAGCGACUUACUGCAAGAACAUGGACGAUCUGCUGAAAGAGUCUGACUUUGUUGUGCUGGUGGUGAACCUGACCCCCGAGACCACAGGCCUGGUCGGCCGCAGAGAGCUGUCCAUCAUGAAACCCACAGCAACACUCGUCAACGUCAGCAGAGGUCUGGUUGUGGAUCAGGACGCUUUAGUUGAAGCUCUGCAGUCCGGAACGAUUCGAGCUGCAGCUUUGGAUGUGACUCAUCCUGAACCUUUACCCAGGGAUCACCCUCUACUCAGGCUCCCCAACGCCCUGAUCCUUCCCCAUGUUGGCACCAACACCUUCACAACAACAAAAAAGAUGGUGGAGCGGAUGGUAGAGAAUGCUGUGGCAGCGGUGAAAGGUCUACAUGUUCCUAAUGAAGUCAAGCUAUAUUGACACUGCAUGCCUGUAGUGUUUUUUUUUUUCAAUUCAAAUUUUUCAAUUCAAAAUAGUUUAUUCAUUUCUUUAAAAAA